AUGGCGUCUGGAUUUUCAGCUAUCCCACGAACGGAGGGCACAUGGACGAAACUUGUGAUAUUUGUUGCGCUAUACUUGCUACUCCUCGAGUCUAUUUUGGAAUGUGUGCUUGUGCUCUACCUUUAUGGCAAUGGCCAGGUUGACUCAAAGAUGACUCCGAGUGUUGUACUUGCUCUUGUUGCAUCUUUCCUCUCACUACCACUUGUCGGCCUCCAAAGCCUGGUCGCUUGGCAAUACAACAACAUUGGUGGAUUCGGAACCCAGAAAACCAUCUUGCAUAACAUAUGCACAUAUGUGCUGCGGUUGGAUCUUAUGAUUUGGCUAGCUACAAGUGUAGCCGGUCUAGUGGUCGCUGCACAACAGGUGUACUGUCUCCCGGAAGGGACAGAUGCAACUUUCUGGAGAGUUGGUAUCAGCUGUGCCUUCCACCGAGCGUCUGUGAUAGUGGCGGUUGUUUCGAUGGUCACUGUGUGUACUAUGUACUGUGCGAGGGAGCUUUGCGAUCGGCCAUAUGAUGUAUCGCUUCUCGGUAUCUACAAGCGCCAGACAGUCCACAGAAAUGGCAGUAUCACCUCAGGUAAUAGCUGGGAUAGCGGAGAAACACUUAAAAACGAAAUUCUCUAUCUUUGCCGCCAACAUGAUGGAAAUGGAGCCGGCGAGUUCUGGUCUGUGGACCCAAUUGCCAACAAAGUCAACUGUCAUCCCAGCAUCCGGCAUCCUGCCCCCGUCCGUCUGCGACCUCAACUCCGAGUCAACACUGAUCCCGGUUCGACAUAUGGAGAGAUUAUGUCAGGAACGACGAUUUCGCCAGGGGAUACUGCACACCGUAUCUCACCUGGAUCACAAAGCCUGGCUAGCGAGUUAUAUCCCAUCUCGAGUACAUCUACCGUCAUGAGUCCACAGACAGCAAACGAAUUACACGCUCUUCUCACCAAUACGUCGGCUCCAAAAGUCCCUGCCAUCCCCCAGGAAUACACCAGCCAUAAGAGAGGGAAGUCAUCGCUCUCUUCUCUUAGACGUCUUCUUCCAAAGUCUUUCCCAUUGUCACUUCCAUUAUCAUCGGAUCCUCAAAUCCAGGCCCUCGCAGAUCCCAACACCGCAUCAGAUGUCGAAAAGCAAGUCGUGACACCAAACAGCAUGCCCAAGGGGAUCCCUCAAUCCACAACCUUUCAAAUUGUCGCAAACGGCAACACCCCGAACGCCUCUUCAGUGUCCCUCCCCCAAAGCCCUGCCAACACCGAACCCAAGCCCAAACCAGCACACCCAGAAGGCCACACCCGAACAAUGACAAUGAACUCUGCCGACGCCCCAGAAGUAGUCCCAACAGCCCCAUCCUCCCCACCAAAAGUGCGCCGCUCCCAGACAGCCUACACCAUGCCCGGAGCCCGCUCAAUCCACCACCCGCACCACCCAAACUUCAUCCCACGCCCGCCUCCCCAACCACGACCACGAGCAUACUCCCAGUCCCGCCGCCAAGGCCCCGGUCCAAGAAUGCACCCGGACUCAAUGCGCAGGAACCCGCAACCCAGACAGAAUAUCAUCCAUUACCCGGUCCGCAGCUCUUCCUACCACUUCGAGCCAAACCGCGUCCCGCGGCACUCCCAGAGCCAGCAUAACCUCCACCCAAACACCCACCGCGGGAACAGCCAAUACAGGCACCAAUCUUCCCGCUGGGCAAAUCAGCGCCGCUACGGCUCAGCAAGAUCAAUGCCAGCGCCGAUUCCCCGUCGCAACGACGUCGAAGUAAUCUACCCCAGCACCCGUCGCCCGCGCAGUGGUACCCCUGCCAGCGCGAGUGGUCCGCUCAGCUGUAUCCCGGAGUCUACGGUUCAGCAUGCCGGGAAUGACCCCAGACCUGUCUCGGCUGUUUACUUGGAGUUACCGUCGAAUUCCAUCGACCAGACGAGAUACCGUGGUGCGAAUCGGACGAGUUUGGGCUUUUAUUGA